AAAGAAAAACUUCAACACUGUGUGUUUUACAUUUUUAUCCAAGGAAAAAUGUCUGCCAUCCUGUCCCAAAUUAUUCGUCGCCAAAUUGCGACAACUGCCCAAAGAUCCUCUGGUCAUGCUGCCACCGCCGGUGAACACUCUGGUGGUUACAAAUUAUGGAAGCGUAUGACUUUCUUCGUGGCAUUCCCUGCUGUCGGUUUGUGCAUGUUGAACGCCUACUUGGGUCAUCAAGAACACGCUCACCAUGCCCGUCCAGAAUUCGUUAAAUACGAAUACUUGGCCAAGCGCGACAAGCGUUUCCCCUGGGGUGAAGGCAACAAAUCCUUGUUCCACAACCCACACGCCAACGCCUUGCCCGAUGGUUAUGAAGCUUAAGAACAUUCGAUAGAGUGGUAUAACCAUUUUGGAUAA